AUGGUCCCAGUGCUCCAGAACAUACCUGUGGCCACAGUGUUCGUGCUGAGCUGCAUGUGUGCCGUGCAGCUGCAGGGCCAGAAGCCGGCUCAAGUCGACCCCCUGACGGCCCACCGGUCCAACCCGCAGUGCUGGGACUCCUCCUCGGCUCUGCUGCUGGAGAUGCGCUCCCCGAGGAUCGCUGACACGGUGCCCGCCUUCUGGGACCUGAUGGUCUUCCUCAGGUCGUCAGACAACGGUAAACACACGGCGUUGUUCUGGGACCUGGCCAGGGUCUUCUGGGACCUCUAUCUGGACUGCGUCCUGUCCAAGAGUCACGGCCUGGGGCGGAGACACGUCACCGCUGUGCACUCCCUCAUCACUGACAACAUCACCGGACUAACUAAAGUUUAA